AAGGUGUUUGUCCCCUUCUCCGGUCUCUCAUCUUCUUCAACCCCUAAAACCCUAGUUUGUUACAGAGCCAAGUAAACAUUCAGCUAUGCCCCAAAACGACGACGUUCGCUUCACUUCUUCUUCUCUCAAACUCCCUCUCUUUUCUCCUCCUCUUCAACACCAUACCCAAAAAAACCCUUUCUUCACCAAUCUCCACUUAAUUCUCCAAAAUUCCAGUCUCCAAAAUCCAAUUUUACAAACUUUAUCCAAAUUCCCACUCCCAAAAUUUCACCAAAAUUUCAAUCCCCAAAAUGCAAUUCUCCAAUUCCUUAAAAAACCCAGAAACAUCAACCUAUUUAACUGGAAUUUACCAAAAACCCCACUCAUCUGCUCUGCAUCAAUGGCAUUGACUCAGAGUCAGGUUCAGAACAACCCGGAUGACUUACCCGGGUCGACUCAGUUAUCGGGCUCGGGCCCGAAAAUGGGGAGUGGGAAUGAGGAGAGAGUUCUGAUUAGUGAGGUAUUAGUACGUAACAAGGAUGGUGAAGAACUUGAACUGAAGGAUUUGGAGAGUGAAGCAUUAAAUGCGCUUAAAGCGUGUCGGCCCAAUUCGGCACUUACUGUACGAGAGGUACAAGAAGACGUGCAUAGAAUAAUUGACAGUGGGUAUUUUUGCUCUUGUAUGCCUGUUGCUGUUGACACUAGAGAUGGUAUUCGCUUGGUUUUUCAGGUAGAACCAAACCAGGAGUUCCAUGGUCUGGUAUGUGAAGGAGCCAAUGUGCUUCCAGCAAGGUUUAUAGAGGAUUCUUUUCGAGAUGGAUGUGGAAAAAUUGUUAAUAUCAAGCGGAUAGAUGAAAUAAUAAGCUCAAUAAAUGGUUGGUACAUGGAGCGGGGUCUUUUUGGAGCGGUAUCAAGUGUAGAGAUGCUCUCUGGAGGUAUGAUUAGGCUAGGAGUUUCUGAAGCAGAGGUGAAUAACAUAGCCAUCCGCUUCCUUGAUAGGACUGGUGAGCCAACUGUAGGGAAAACAAGGCCUGAAACUAUACUUCGGCAACUUACUACGAAGAAAGGGCAGGUUUACAGCAUGCUUCAAGGGAAAAGAGAUGUGGACACUGUCUUAGCUAUGGGCAUUAUGGAAGAUGUUAGCAUUAUCCCUCAACCCGCUGGAGAUACUGGUAAGGUAGACUUAAUUAUGAAUGUUGUUGAGCGUAAAAGUGGGGGUGGUAUUUCUGCUGGUGGUGGAAUUUCUAGUGGGAUCACAAAUGGACCCCUUGCUGGAUUGAUUGGCAGUUGUGCCAUAUACCACAAAAAUCUUUUCGGAAGAAAUCAAAAGCUGAAUUUGUCACUGGAGCGAGGGCAAAUUGACUCACUUUUUCGGAUAAACUAUACAGAUCCAUGGAUUGAAGGAGAUGAUAAGAGGACUUCAAGAUCAAUUAUGAUACAGAAUUCCAGGACGCCUGGCACGCUUGUUCAUAAUCAACCUGAUGGUAGCCUGACGAUAGGACGUGUCACGGCUGGGAUUGAGUACAGCCGGCCGUUCAGACCAAAGUGGAAUGGAACAGCUGGAAUCGUAUUUCAGCGUGCUGGUGCUCGGGAUGACAAAGGGAAUCCUAUUAUAAGGGACUACUACAGUAGUCCACUUACUGCUAGUGGCAACACUCACGAUGAUAUGUUGCUUGCCAAACUUGAAACUGUCUAUACUGGUUCUGGUGACCCUGGUUCUUCGGUGUUCGUUUUCAAUAUGGAGCAAGGGCUUCCUGUGUGGUCAGAGUGGCUAGGUUUCAACAGAGUCAAUGCUCGUGCUAGAAAAGGAGUCUUAUUAGGUCCUAUGCGUCUUCUCGGAAGCUUCUCUGGUGGUCAUGUGGUAGGAAAUUUUCCGCCUCAUGAAGCAUUUGCCAUUGGUGGAACCAAUAGUGUGAGAGGAUAUGAAGAAGGCGCAGUUGGCUCAGGCCGGUCUUAUGUUGUUGGCUGUGGAGAAAUUUCAUUCCCUCUGAUGGGGCCAUUAGAAGGGGCAGUAUUUGCUGAUUAUGGCACAGAUCUUGGUUCUGGUCCAAGUGUUCCUGGUGAUCCUGCUGGACCAAGGCGAAAACCUGGAAGUGGAUAUGGAUGUGGAGUUGGUAUUCGCGUAGACUCGCCAUUAGGACCUCUAAGACUGGAGUAUGCCUUCAAUGACCAGAGGACUGGGAGAUUUCACUUUGGUGUUGGCCUUAGGAACUGAUGCUUACUAUAGUCCUUACUUGUUUAUUGACAUUUAUUAUAUCAUCUUAUUUUUUGGUUUGCCUUCUUAGGUUA